GGUAAUAAGAAAUGGGCUUGCAAUAGUUAGGGACGAGGAAAGGAUGAGCGGAUGACGGGCGGCCAAUAUAGGUCAGAAGCUGGCUGAGGGGCGGAGACAUUCGUUCAUUGUGAGCUUUAAGGCGCGCUUUUUACGCACCGGGACAAGCAAGCGUACAGUACCUUUAUGUGGUCUCGGCUAAAUGCUAAGUUAGCCUCAGUCGCCCUUCACAAACAAGCAGCUCCACACUUUGUAAUCGGUCACGACCGAUGCUUGUUGCGUGAACAAGGAAGUGUGCCUUCAAGUGAACGUCAUUGAAAGCUCUUCGCCAACCAACUUUACAAUGGGCAAAAAGUCUCGCGAAGACGACUCCUCUUCGUCGGAUGAAGAAGAGUAUGUUGUGGAGAAGGUGCUGGAUCGGCGGGUGACGAAAGGCAGGGUCGAGUUCUUUCUCAAGUGGAAAGGAUAUUCAGACAAGCACAACACAUGGGAACCAGAGAAGAACCUGGACUGCCCCGAGCUCAUUUCCGAGUUUAUGAAGACUUACAAAAAAAGUGGGAGCUCUACUCCAAGUAGUGCAGCCAGCAAGCCCGGCACAGCCCCCUCUCCAGGACGCGCCAAAGACUCCGGUAGCUCCAAGAAGAGGAGCUCGGACGACGACGAAGACGACGAGGGUGGAAGCAAACCUAAAAAAAAGAAAGAGGAUGAAAUUCUAGUGGCCCGAGGCUUUGAGAAGGGCCUUGAACCAGAGAAAAUCAUUGGAGCAACUGACUCGUGUGGUGAUUUGAUGUUCUUGAUGAAAUGGAAAGAUUCCGAUGAAGCGGACCUUGUGCUCGCAAAAGACGCCAAUCUCAAGUGCCCGCAGAUCGUCAUCUCCUUCUACGAGGAACGCCUCACCUGGCACGAGGACGGCGACAAGAAGGAGAAGGAUGCAGUCAGCGUGUGAGUUUGUUCGCCUCCACGGGAAAGGAAAACUUCUCCGCCACACGGACAAGCUCGAGUCAGACAUUUUUAACCCCCCCCAACUGCAUCCCCACACGCUGUACAUUGUCCGACAAAGACGCUCAUACAGUGGACACAGACCGCCAACCCUCUUUAGACCAAUCUUUUUGUCAUCGGGUGUCCCGUCGCGAAUGAGAAACUGCUGCAUCAGUCACCGGCGGGCGCGUUUGCGCUCGCUGCCACCUUGUGGAUGAACACGGCGACGCUCGCCAUUGCCGACGAUAAGUCGGUGCGUUUCAUUUCCAAAUAUUAGUCCUGAAAUCACGUCACCUUUAAUGGGUGAGUCAUGGUUUUGAUCAUCGUGACUCGAAGCUUUAGAAUGUUGCCUGAUCAGGCGUAUCCUGCCUUCAUUUGAUUGGCAACUAUUCUUCAGUGCUUCCUGUCAUUUUGUCUUCACAGAUACUUUCCAAGAUGGGUGACAUGUUUUAAAAAGUGGGUGUCGUGUGUUCCAAACUAGUUUUUAGGGCCAAAUAUGUUUUUAAUGAGCUUUAUUUUACUUAGCAACAAAGCCUUCAGUAGUUCUGGCGUGACAGUCUUUUUACACUUUUCUUUUUCUUAAACAUUGCAGACUUUUUAAACAAAAACGUGAGCCGUUCCUUUUGUGAUGUUAAACAGAGUAUGGCAACAUACUUCAAUAAAUUGUUUCGAUGGUGAA